AUGGCUUCCUGUUUCUGCUUCUGUUGCUUCAGCCUUUGCAUGCAAGACUCCUUCCCUUUGACGGUUCAGUCCUGCAUCAUGCCGAAAGACUGUGAGACCACCGAAUGGUCCUCCUGGAGCCCCUGCUCCAAGACGUGUCAUUCAGGGAGUCUCUCGCCAGGGUUCAGGAGCAGGAGCCGGAAUGUGAAGCACAUUGCUAUUGGAGGUGGAAAGGAGUGCCCCGAACUUCUUGAGAAAGAGGCCUGCAUUGUUGAAGGAGAGCUUCUGCAGCCAUGUCCCAGGUAUUCCUGGAGAACCUCUGAGUGGAAGGAAUGCCAAGUCUCUCUCCUCCUCGAGCAGCAGGACCCCCAUUGGCAUGUGACAGGACCUGUUUGUGGCGGUGGGAUCCAGACCCGGGAGGUGUACUGUGCCCACAGCAUACCAGCGGCCGCUGCACAGAGGGCCAAGGAAGUUUCUAGACCUGUGAAAAAGGCAUUAUGUUUGGGACCUGCCCCUCCAGCCUCUCAGCUCUGCAGUGUCCCUUGCUCUACAGACUGCAUAGUGUCUUCCUGGUCAGCCUGGGGCCUGUGCAUCCACGAGAACUGCCACCAUCCUCAGGGGAGAAAAGGAUUUAGAAUGAGGCAGCGACAUGUCCUCAUGGAAUCCACAGGGCCUGCGGCGCAUUGCCCUCAUUUAGUAGAAUCUGUUCCUUGUGAAGAUCCAGUGUGCUACCGGUGGCUGGCAUCAGAAGGGAUCUGUAUUCCUGAUCAUGGAAAAUGUGGCCUGGGACACCGCAUCCUGAAGGCCAUCUGCCAGGAUGAUCGAGUGUGUCAGGCUGGAUCUCAGAUCCUUCUACCCCUUCCUGUACAGGUCGUGAAUCAGGUCGUGAAUCAGAGUCGAAUUAACAAUCCCGACGAGCAGCCUUCAACUGAUGAUUUAGAGUUGGUGCAUAAAUACCGAACUCCUUGCUUCUCAGUUGGAAUAACUUUGAG